AUGAAAAAGAAUGCUGGCUCAAGGCUUCCUUACUUCACCACCAGGGAAUCAAAUUUGGUUAAGGGCUCAAUUGACUUCCUUGGAAUCAAUUUUUACUAUGCAUUUUCUGUUAAGAACAACCCGAAAAGCCUACAGAAAAGGAAUAAAAACUUCGCAUCAGAUAUGGCCGUGGAGCUUAAACCCUUACUUGGAAAUGAUACAACUACAGAAAAGGUAAAAGUAGAGAAUGGAUUGAAUAUAAAAGGUUAUUUUGUAUGGUCCUUUUUGGAUGUGUUUGAGUUACUAGGUGGAUAUGAAUCAAGUUAUGGCAUAUAUUACAUAGAUUUGAAAGAUCCAACUUUGAGGAGGCAACCUAAACUUUCAUCUGUGUGGUACUCAAAUUUUCUAAACAACAGAACUAUGGACUCAAAGAUCACCAUGAAAAUUGAGGAGAAUUCUUCUAUCUCUAACACUACCUUGAUGCAUACUGCCACUUAA